GACAGAGGUCGGCUCAACGAACUCACUGCGGCACUUGGAUCUUGUCACUCUGGAGCCAUCAGCGCUCAUUGUACUCGAAGUGGCAUAGCGUCCUAAUUCCCUUAUAUCUCCACGCCUAGUUGCACUCGUAAUACACCCCCUGGGUCAUUUCUCUACCCGAAGGGCUCGUCCCAGCAAGUCCUAACAACUAACAUAACCUAGCUGUCAUUAUUUUGCCUCCUUUAACUCUGUAUGAAAUUUGCUGUUGAUUGCUUCGAGUCCUCGAGUUUCGCAUUUUCCCCUUGGUCUUUUUUCAAAUAAAGAGUUCAUCACUCUGGCAGCAUUUCUAUUUGUCUCGCUGCCUGGUUUUUCAAGUCCCGCAACUUUUAAUCCUCGCCUGUGUUGUUGAUAAGGUACUUACUGAAAUUGUUGCAUUAUCGCUUAUCAUGUUCAACGCUUCCACCACCUGGUCUUCGAUGCUCCCCAGCGCUUAUCCUAAGCCACUCCGGCCGGUCGUUCUCCUCACCACCAUGGUCUCCCUCAUAUGGGCGCUGGUUUUGGCAGUCAAGUUUGUUGAAGAUCGGACAGAUGACUCAGAAACCAAGCGGAUGAAAGUAUUUGAUAACAUUUUGUCUAUCUUCUUUUUCGUUGUUGCUGCAUUGGAAGUGUUCGGAAUCGUAGCUGUAAUGUCACAAAAGAUUCUGCUUGCGCGGCUGUACUUUUUCGUGUCCGGAUUCGCAGCAUUUCUGAUAUUUUCGGCCGAAUUGAUUCGUCUGAUUGCUCACUUUGUCGUCAAGAGUGAUUUAAUCGACGACUGUCGAUCUGCAUUAACCGGGGCCAAGGCAGAAACGUUAAAUGGAGCCAUCGCUAGUAUUGAUGCCACCGAAGCUUCAAGACUAUGCGAAGGCGAUUGGCAAAGAGGGAUCUGGUGGGACCUCGGUUGGCUGGUUUUGACCAGUUGUUUAGCCCUAUUAUUCACCGGAAUAGUCGGUGCAUAUUAUCACCAACUACUAGAUCCAUCCUUCAGUAGGACGGCUGUCAAUAAUGAAGAAAUGGUAGAUCAACGAUUCAAUGGCAGAGCUCAAGAUGGAACUAAUGCAUAUCCGAUGGAGCCCUAUCAAAACAUGGCCUACCAAGCACCCCAGCAUCAAGAUGUACCAUUUGUACCACCGCAGUAUAACAUGCCACCAGAGUAUCGACCGGCUUCCGGAUUUCCCGGCGAACAAGGUAAACACGACACCAAAGAAGCACUCGAAAGAGUCAGUUUGUCUGAUCCGCCCCCGAGAUGAUUCACGAAUAUUCCACCGCUCAAUAGACUGUUCAUAUCGUCUCAACGAACAUCUUUACCACUAUUCAAAUCAUUUCCAGAUGCUUCUUGACCUUGUGAUUCUAUCAUUCUUUUGCUCUUAUCGUUAAUGUAUUUUUUUCACUUCUUUUUUGUCCCUGCAAGUCUGAACCCCACGUUUGAAGAAAAAAAACAAGAAGCUACAGAGUCGAAAAACAGAUGCUUCUGCACUUACCACACCGUCCAGCUCUUGCGUCUGUCUCUUCAGCUCUUGCUGCUCUGAAACUUGUACUAUAUCUUUAUCACACUCGCUGUGUUGUUUUUUGUGAAGAAUAAAGAUGGCACUUGAGUAGCGACAUUACCAUCAUAUGGAAGAACGGUUUCUCACCAUCGAGAAUCUCUUGGAUCCGAUUGUGAUUCUAUUUCUGGCAGUUUUGAUACAGUAAUGCAAUCAUAGGUCUAUGCUCAUAAA